AUUAACCGAAAUGUCUUUUAAAAAUAGGCUUUCACAUUCUGUUAAUUUAGGAAAUAAUAGAUAAUUUUAAAUUGUAAAUGUUCCACUUGAAUACGAUGGGUGCGUAUCGCGAAAGUCUGAUACGAGUGUGUUGUGUCUUACGCACUCACACCAGCCCAGUUGACGUACUCUUUGACAUACUAACAUUGAAAUAGUUAGGUCGAGUGAUAGUCUUCUAUAGACUAGAGGUCCCGCAGUAGUCGAAAUUCGACUAUAAUUAAUUGGAAUUGUAAGUUUGUACAUUAUUAUUUGUACAUUAUAUUUUAUACUUCUAUAAUCACAAAUUUCGCCAAGACUACACUAUAAAAAUAUUAACAAAGACAAACAAUAUAUAAUGUAUUCUCAAUUUGACAAGAGACGUCAAGAACAAAAGUUUGACAAUAAAUAGUAUGCAUGCGUGUGUGCGUCAAAUACAUGGUAUGUAGUGUGUGUAAUGUUUUCUUUAUUGAUUUAGUGUAUCUUUUAUACAUUAUUUAAAAAAAAAAAUUAGCAUUGUGCACUUCUUCUCUAUAUUCUCUAUAAGUGUGGAAAAUUUCAUACUCCUCCGUCCGCGCAAUUUUCGUAAAAAGGGAUACAAAGUUUUUGCUUUACGUAUUAAUAUAUAGAUGUACCUAUUUCGAUGAGUUUUAUCGGUCUAAUGGUAGCGUUCCGAUGUUGGCGACCAGGUCGACAAGUGACCGCGACCCUGAUCGCCUGUUGCCUGACUAUCAAUGGAAUUCGGAUACCAACGACUGCGACCGACGGCCAGUCUGUCCGCAGUUUUUAUUGUAUACAGUAGCCCAAGCACGAAAAUUUAACGAAUUCGUAACGUUAACGUAUCGAGCCCUCGAUACGUUAACGUUACUCCGCAGCACGAACAAAAUUUUGCCAACUAUCGUAAGCUCGAUUCGAAUACGUUAGUGACGUCAUCCUAACGUAAGUAGGGACGGUCCUUGUGGAAUGAAAUGAUUAUCAUAUGGAAUUAAUGAUUCGUUCGGAAACUUAACCAAGUUGUCAUUUUAUUUUAAACUUUUGAAUUUACGGUUUAUUUAAUUAAAAAAUAAUUAACUAGUGCAUACAAAGUGAAGUACAUAUGACGAAAGAUAUUUAAGAACAUGAUAUGACAUUAAAAUCGAAGGAAUAAAAUAGUGUCAUGGAUAUCAAAACAAAAAAAUUCGGAUUCCGAACGAAUCCACUUGAUAUCGGCCAAGGCUAAGUUUGUUUAUGUUUGCUUUAGUUCUUGUGAAGAGCGAAAGUGUUUCAUUGUUUUUAUUAAUUUAGUACUUAUUUUUCAAGAUUUACCUAUUUAAAUAUGAGAACUAGCCACUCACAGUAUUUAACAAUGGUGGAAUUUAUGGAAGCAAAUGGAGAUUUAUCAAAACCAUCAGGCGGUCCACGAGGUCGCAAUUUUAUACAGAUGAAGUGGAAGGAGAUCCUAAGAGUGAGGACAAAUGGCGUAAGGUAUGUCAAGUGUUAACUCAAGGGACGCUAUUUUUUUCUGCUGAAGCACUUGACUGAAUCUACUAACUUUGUUAUUAAUCUUUCUUGUUUAGAAAUUUUAAUUUAAUGUUUGUUUGUUAAUGAAGGUGUGGAGCGAUUAUAAGAAUAAUUGCAAGAAAAAGUGUGCUAAAAUUAAUAGAGCUGCUAGUGGCACUGGUGGCGGACCAGCGCUCCAUUUAUUAUUGACUGACCAGGAACAAAGGGUCAUGCAGAUAAUUGGAGUGCAGGCAGCUACUGGCAUGGAGAUAAAAGAAGCUGGGUUUCCACAAGAAGAAAUUUCAACUGAGAGGCCAAAUACUCAAAUUAUUUUAAAGGAACCGGAAAUAGAUUGGAACACUCCUAGCACAAGCAGUCAACCAACAGUGGCUCCACCAACACCAACUGAGGCUCCCCCUCCAGUUAUUAACGAGGAAGAGGAGUGGAACCCUCCGCCACAGAAAAAAAGAAAAAACAAUUUAACAAAAAUGUUUUUAGAUAUAGAAAAGCAAGAAAGAAAGAAAGAAGAAAGAAGAAAGAAAAGAAGAAAGAACAGAAAGGCAAGGGAGUAUGCUUCAGAGCGUGAUAGGGUAUAUGAGGAAUUAGAAAGAGAUCGGUUGAGAGUUAGAGAAUUUGAGGUACGUGAAAGAGUAAGACAGAGAGAUGAAGAGCUACGGAUGCAGGGUCAAUGGCUGGAAUUUAUGAAAGAGGCAAUGGAAGCUUUUGUGAGGUUUAUGGAGAGAAAGUCUUAAGUUAAGCUUAAUUACUAUAUUUUUUUACCAACUACUUUUAUUUUACCAAUUAAUUAAUUAUUUUAUUUUAUUUUAUUUUACCAAUUACUUAAUUAUAAUUACCAAUUACUAUAUUUUUACAAAAUUAAUAAACAAAAGUAAAAUUA